AAUACUUCACUUUAUUACAUUAAUCACUUGAGAUUUAUUUUGAGGUUUCUUUUGUGUUUUUUACAAUCUCUUGUUUGGUUUGCUAGCUUGAGCUUCCACAAGAUUUUCUUCUAUUUGUUGAUCUAACACUCUCUGUCUCUCACUUGAUUGAUCUUUACUUUCAAUGGACAAUGAAAAUCCUAGAGAGGGAAAGUUUUUAGAGAGAGAAAGCAAAAGCAAAGUGAGUGACUUGACACAGAAUUUUCGUGUUAAAUUUUGAAUUAAAGAUUCAAACUUUGAAAAAAUUUCAAUCUUUUGAGUGGUAAAGGUUUAGUUGGUCGUCUUUGAUUUGUGUGUAUUUGAUAUGGGUGGGUGUUUUCCUUGUUUUGGGUCAUCAAACAAGGAGGGUAGUAGUGGUGUUGGUCUUGUUAAAGAAUUGAACAAGAAGGAUUCACUUAAAGAAGGUUCAGCUGGUCAGUCUCACCAUGUUGGCAGAGUUAGUUCAGACAAAUCAAAAUCUCGGAGUGGUUCUGAUCCUAAGAAGGAACAAUCAAUUCCCAAAGAUGGACCAACAGCUAACAUUGCAGCACAGAUAUUUACAUUCCGAGAAUUAGCUGCUGCCACAAAGAACUUUAGACCAGAGUGCUUGUUAGGUGAAGGGGGUUUUGGGCGUGUUUACAAAGGUCGCAUUGAGAGCACUGACCAGGUAGUUGCUGUGAAACAGCUUGACCGAAAUGGCCUUCAAGGAAAUAGAGAAUUUCUGGUGGAGGUUCUCAUGCUCAGCCUCUUACACCAUCCAAACCUUGUCAACUUGAUUGGCUACUGUGCUGAUGGGGACCAACGCCUCCUUGUUUAUGAGUUUAUGCCAUUGGGAUCAUUGGAGGAUCAUUUACAUGAUCUUCCCCCGGGCAAAGAGCCUCUGGACUGGAACACAAGGAUGAAGAUUGCAGCUGGUGCGGCUAAGGGAUUGGAAUACUUGCAUGAUAAAGCAAACCCUCCUGUCAUAUACCGGGACUUAAAAUCAUCCAACAUCCUUCUUGAUGAGGGUUAUCAUCCCAAGUUGUCAGAUUUCGGACUUGCAAAGCUAGGUCCUGUUGGUGACAAGACUCAUGUCUCAACACGUGUGAUGGGGACAUAUGGUUAUUGUGCUCCAGAGUAUGCCAUGACUGGCCAACUUACUUUAAAGUCUGAUGUCUACAGUUUUGGGGUUGUCUUUCUUGAACUUAUCACAGGGCGCAAGGCAAUUGAUAACACCCGGGAUCCUGGAGAGCAUAAUCUAGUUGCAUGGGCAAGACCACUUUUCAAGGAUCGUAGGAAAUUCCCUAAAAUGGCUGAUCCACUGCUUCAAGGCCGUUAUCCAAUGCGAGGACUGUAUCAAGCUCUUGCGGUUGCAGCUAUGUGUUUGCAAGAGCAGGCUGCUACAAGGCCUCUAAUAGGCGAUGUUGUGACUGCUCUCACAUAUUUAGCUUCCCAAACCUAUGACCCAAAUGCUGUCAAUCAAAGUAACAGAGUCGGACCAUCUACACCUAGGAACAGAGAUGAUCGGAGGGGAAUGGCUGAUGGGCUGGAUAGCCCAGACGAGCAUGGACGUGGUGGGCGAAAUGGUUCCCCUUCCACUUACAAAAACUCACCUGAUUAUAGGAAACGGGACCGUGUUAGGGAAUUCAGCACUGGUGCAGAAUUAGGAAGGAGUGAAACAGGUGGAUCUGGCAGAAAAUGGGGUUUGGAUGACUCAGACCAACAGGAUUCUCAGAGAGAUAGUCCUGUGAGUACCAGCAGAGCAAGGGAAACUCCAAGAAAUCGUGAUUUAGAUAGAGAACGAGCAGUUGCAGAAGCAAAAGUAUGGGGUGAAAAUUGGAGAGAGAAAAGGCGGGCAAAUGCAAUGGGUAGUUUUGAUGGUACAAACGAGUGAUGGCACCACAAGGGCAUUGUUAAGGGGUUAUGGUCUUUUAGGCACAGCGUAUGUUCCAUGCUUCUGAGGGUCAUCAUGACGAAAGAGGUUGCACAUACAUCAUCCUUCAUUGUCUUGGUUUCAAUUUGCCACCAGGGUUAAGACUUCUUGUAUCGAACUUUGACUGUUGUUUGUCCUGUAUCAUUCUUGUAGCUGAGUAGGAAAAUGAAUUCUUCAAUUAUAUGGUUGAGGGAAGGACACAAUUAAAGAAGAGUUCAGGGGAAGGGGUAGUGUUCAAUUUCAUGUGAUUUAAGGGUAACCCCACUUGCAGAAUGAUGUGUGCAACAUGUCAUUCUAUGUAUUUAGGGGUUUCUGAAGUUCAUAUUCCAUGGAAGUCUGGGAAGAUUAGCUAAUUUCUGCCCCCAUGUAUUUCUGUUUUAUGCGGGGUGGUUUAGUGGGUUUGGUUUGGGUGCCUCAUUGGUGUCACAGCUUGUGCUCAAUAGUCUUGUAUAUGGAUUUCUUUGAGUCAGUCGUGUUUCGGCUUAUACAGAAAAAGUUUUCAUGA